AUGAAGCGUGGAACUUUAAUACUUGAAGAUGGAUCUGAAUUCGAUGGCUUUGUAUUUGGUGCCUCGACUAAUACAGCCGGUGAAGUCGUAUUUCAAACUGGUAUGGUCGGUUAUACUGAAUCAUUAACUGAUCCAUCCUAUUGUGGAGAAAUUCUAGUUCUUACUUUUCCACUUAUUGGCAAUUAUGGUAUACCGGAUGAAAAAGCUGUUGAUGAGUUUGAUCUACCUCGAUGGGUUGAAUCGAAUAAAAUUUAUGCAUCUGCAUUAAUUGUUAGUGCUUAUACGGAACAAUAUAGUCAUUGGAAUGCUGUUGAAUCUCUUUCAUCAUGGUUAAAAAAACAUAACGUUCCUGGUCUUUAUGGUAUUGAUACACGUAUGUUAACGAAAAAACUUCGUGAACAUGGAACAAUGCUUGGAAAAAUUGUUAUGGAAGGAGUUGAUCCAAAAUCAAUUUCAUUUCAAGAUCAGAAUAAAGCUAAUCUUAUGAUACAAGUUUCUAUUCAAAAACCACGUGUCUUUAAUCCAACAGGCAAAUUAUCGAUUGCUUGUAUUGAUUGUGGUCUUAAAAAUAAUCAAUUAAGAAUUUUAUGUCAACUCGGUGCAAAAGUAACUGUCUUUCCUUGGAAUCAUCCUGUUAAACAAAAUGAAUUUGAUGGUCUAUUUUUGAGUAAUGGUCCCGGUGAUCCACAAACUCAAUGUCCAGAAACUAUUGCAACAAUUACAUCAUGGAUUAAAAGUAAAACUGUUAAACCAGUAUUUGGUAUUUGUCUUGGACAUCAGUUAAUGGCGUUAGCUGCUGGAAUGAAAACAGCAAAACUUAAAUAUGGAAAUCGUGGUCAUAAUCAACCAUGUUUAUUGGAAGGAACUCAUCGUUGUUUUAUGACAUCACAGAAUCAUGGUUUUGCUGUUCAAACAUUAGAAGGUUUAGCGCAAGAUUGGAGUGUUUUAUUUACAAAUCAAAAUGAUCAUUCAAAUGAAGGCAUUGUUCAUGAUUUUAAACCAUUUUUUAGUGUACAAUUUCAUCCUGAACAUUGCGCUGGACCACGUGAUACGGAAAAUUUAUUUCAAAUAUUUCUUGAUGUUGUUCAAUCAUACAAAACAAACAAACCAAUGAAUAUAAAAUCAUAUUUAAAAGAACAAUUAACCAGUCGUUUUAGUGGUGUUAAUGCACCACCAGAAGCAUUCUGUGAUCGAGUGAACAAAGUAUUGAUUCUAGGUAGUGGUGGAUUGACAAUUGGACAAGCAGGAGAAUUCGAUUAUUCUGGUACACAAGCAAUAAAAUCAAUGAAGGAAGAAAAUGUGUAUACAAUAUUAAUUAAUCCAAAUAUUGCAACAGUUCAAACAUCGAAAGGUCUUGCUAAUAAAGUAUUCUUUUUACCAAUAACUCCUGCUUAUGUUGAACAAGUUAUUCGUAAUGAACGUCCCGAUGGUAUUUUAUUGAGUUUUGGUGGACAAACAGCAUUGAAUUGUGGUAUUCAAUUAUAUGAAUCGGGUAUUCUUAAAAAAUAUGCAUGCAAUAUACUAGGAACACCAAUUAAAUCAAUUCAAAUAACUGAGGAUCGAUCUUUAUUUGCUCAAAAAAUGGCUGAUAUUGGUGAAAAAGUUGCACCAUGUGAAGCUGUCACUUCUCUUGAAGAGGCAUUAGUAUCAGCUGAACGACUUGGAUAUCCACUUCUUGUUCGGGCUGCAUUUGCACUUGGUGGUCUUGGAUCAGGUUUUGCUGAGAACCGUGAAGAAUUAAUUCCUUUAGUUACAUCAGCAUUAGCACAUUCAUCUCAAUUAUUAAUUGAUAAAUCACUUAAAGGUUGGAAAGAAGUUGAAUAUGAAGUUGUUCGAGAUCAAUAUGAUAAUUGCAUUGUGGUGUGUAAUAUGGAAAAUGUUGAUCCAUUAGGAAUUCAUACUGGUGAAUCAAUUGUUGUUGCACCAAGUCAAACAUUAUCGAAUGAUGAAUAUAAUCUAUUAAGAAGUGUAUCAAUUAAAAUUGUUCGUCAUUUGGGUAUUGUUGGUGAAUGCAAUGUACAAUUCGCAUUAAGUCCAUUUAGUAAUGAAUAUUAUAUAAUUGAAGUUAAUGCACGAUUAUCUCGUUCAUCGGCAUUAGCAUCAAAGGCGACUGGUUAUCCAUUAGCAUAUAUAGCAGCUAAACUUGCACUUGGAAUGAGUUUAGUUGAAUUAAAAAAUAGUAUAACUAAUGAAACAUGUGCUUGUUUUGAACCAAGUCUUGAUUAUGUAACAAUUAAAAUUCCACGAUGGGAUUUAAGAAAAUUUGUCCGAUGUUCGAAUAAAAUUGGAAGUUCAAUGAAAAGUGUUGGUGAAGUUAUGGCCAUUGGAAGAUCAUUUGAAGAAGCAUUUCAAAAAGCUUUAAGAAUGGUUGAUGAAGAUGUUACUGGUUUUGAUCCGUAUACAAGAACAAUUACAGAUGAUGAACUAAGUACACCAACUGAUAAACGUGUUUUUGUCAUAGCAACAGCUCUUCGUCAAGGUUAUUCAGUAGAACGUUUAUUUGAAUUAACGAAAAUUGAUCGUUGGUUUUUACAUAAAUUUUCAUCAAUUAUUCAGUUUAUCGUUAAUCAUUCUGAUUCAUCAAUUGUUCAAAAUCGAACACUUUUACUUGAAGCAAAACGUUUAGGUUUUUCUGAUAAACAAAUUGGUAUGUAUUGUAAUACUACUGAGCCUGAAGUUUAUGCAUCACGUCAACGAUUUGGUAUACGACCAUGCGUUAAACAAAUUGAUACAGUUUCUGGUGAAUGGCCAGCACAAACAAAUUAUCUUUAUUUAACUUAUCAUGGUAAUAUUGAUGAUAUCCAACCAAGUACAAAUGAAAAAACACCGAUUCUUGUGCUGGGAUCUGGUGUUUAUCGAAUAGGUAGUAGUGUGGAAUUCGAUUGGUGUGCUGUUGGAUGUUUAAAAGAAUUACGACGUCUUGGUCAUUAUACUUUAAUGCUUAACUGUAAUCCAGAAACUGUUAGUACUGAUUAUGAUAUGAGUGAUAGAUUAUAUUUUGAAGAAAUUUCAUUUGAAUCUGUACUUGAUGUUUAUAAUUUUGAAAAACCACACGGUAUUAUUUUAUCUAUGGGUGGACAAUUACCAAAUAAUAUUGCAAUGGAUUUACAUCGACAAAUACAUGUUAAUAUUCUUGGUACUCUACCGGAAAGUAUUGAUACAGCUGAAAAUCGUUUUAAAUUUUCUCGAUUACUUGAUGAAAUUAAUAUUCGACAACCAAAAUGGAAAGAAUUGUCAGAUUUUAAUAGUGCUAGUGCUUUUUCUGAUUCAGUUGGUUAUCCAUGUCUUGUUCGUCCAUCAUAUGUUUUAUCUGGUGCAGCAAUGCGUAUUGUUUUUAAUGCUAAAGAUUUAAAAGCCUAUUUAUGUGACCAUGGUCUUUCAAAAGAACAUCCUGUUGUUAUUUCAAAAUUUAUUCUUGAUGCAAAAGAAUUAGAUAUUGAUGCUGUUGCAUGGAAUGGUCAAGUAGUUCGAAUGGCUAUUUCUGAACAUGUUGAAAAUGCUGGUGUUCAUUCUGGUGAUGCUACUUUAGUGACACCUCCACAAGAUCUUAAUGAAAAUACUAUUGAAAAAAUUCGAAUAAUUUGUUUUUCCGUUGCUAAAGCAUUACAAAUAUCCGGACCAUUUAAUUUACAAUUAAUAGCUAAGGAUAAUGAAUUGAAAGUAAUUGAAUGUAAUGUUCGUGUAUCUCGUUCAUUUCCAUUUGUGUCUAAAACAUUUGAUCAUGAUUUUAUUGCUGUUGCUACACAAAUUCUAGUUGGUGUUGAACCAGAAUUGAUCGAAGAUGCACUUUUUCUUCGUUCAGAACGUAUUGGUGUUAAAGUUCCACAGUUUUCAUUUUCACGUUUAUCCGGUGCUGAUGUUUUACUUGGUGUUGAAAUGAUGUCUACCGGUGAAGUUGCAUGUUUUGGUAUUGAUCGUUUUGAUGCUUAUUUAAAAGCAUUAAUAAGUACCGGAUAUCGAAUGCCAAAAAAAAAUAUUCUUAUUUCAAUUGGCUCAUAUAAAGCUAAACUAGAAUUAUUGACAGCUAUUCGUACUUUAAAAGAACUUGGUUAUGAAUUAUAUGCUAGUAUUGGAUCAGCUGAUUUUUAUGAAGCUAAUAAUAUUCCUAUUCAUCCUAUUGAUUGGAAAUAUGAACAAACAGAAACCAAUUCAAUGGGAUUAGAAUAUACUAAUGGUAACAGUGAUUCACCAACAAGUGAAAAUAAUACACAAAGAACAAUUGCAGAUUAUCUUGCUAAUGGUGCAUUCGAUUUAGUCAUUAAUAUUCCAAUGCGUUCAACAGGAUUAUUUCGUGCAUCAUCAUUUGUUACUCAAGGAUAUCGUUGUCGUCGUUUAGCUACUGAUUAUAGUGUACCAUUAAUGACCGAUGUUAAAUGUGUUAAAUUAUUUGUUGAAGCUUUACGUCGAUUCAAUCUUCGAGAAACAAAAAUUGAUAUGUCUAUUGAUUGUAUUUCAUCAACAACACUUCUUCGAUUACCGGGAUUAAUUGAUUGUCAUGUUCAUUUACGAGAGCCCGGUGACGAACAUAAAGAAGAUAUUGUUAGUGGUACAGCUUCAGCUCUAGCUGGAGGUAUUACGAUGGUUUUAGCAAUGCCAAAUACUAAACCAGCAUUAACAAAUGCAACUGUAUUAGACCUAACUGAAAAACUCUACGAAAAAAAAGCUUUAUGUGAUUAUGGUUUAUAUAUGGGUGCAACUGUUGAUAAUUUUCAAACUAUUCCUGAUAUUGCAUAUCGAUGUAUUGGAUUAAAAAUGUAUCUAAAUACAACAUUUGGUGAUUUAAAAUUAGACAAUAUGGAAAUAUGGAUGAAACAUUUUGAAACAUGGCCACAUAAUGUGCCAAUUGUAGUUCAUGCUGAAAAUCAAACAGUUGCAAGUAUAUUAUGUUUAUCUGAAAUCUAUUCACGUAGUGUUCAUAUUGCACAUGUUGCUUGUCGUAAUGAAAUUCUAUUAAUACGAGCAGCUAAAUCAAAAGGUUUACUGGUAACAUGUGAAGUAACACCACAUCAUUUAUUUCUUCAUCGUGAUAAUACACAAUUUAUACUAAAUGCAUAUGGUAAUAUGGAAGGCUUUCGUCAUGUUAAACCUGAACUUCAAACAAUUGAAGAUUGUCAAGCAUUGUGGGAUAAUAUAGAUAUAAUCGAUUGUAUUGCUACAGAUCAUGCACCACAUACACGUGAAGAGAAAUCAAAUAAAGAAAAUCCACCACCUGGUUUUUCUGGUUUACAAACCGUAUUACCAUUAUUAUUAACAGCUGUACAUAAUGGAAAAUUAACAAUUGAACAAUUAAUUGAAAAAAUGUAUACAAAUCCAAAACGUAUAUUUAAUUUACCUGAUCAAGGUGAUGAUACAUUUAUUGAAAUUGAUAUGGAAAAAAAAUGGGUAAUUGAUGAUAAAUUCUUAUUAACGAAAUCAGCAUGGACACCAUUUAUUGGUAUGCCAAUGCAUGGUGUUGUUCAUCGUGUUGUAUUACGUGGUGAAGUUGUUUUUGUUGAUGGACAAGUAUUAGCUGAACAAGGUACAGGAAAAAAUAUAAUUAAUUUACGUGGUGAAAUAAAUCAAAUGAAAAAAAUAAAGGCAUCACAAAAUUUACUAUUGGAAAAUAAACGUUCACCUACUCAUGCCGAUCGAAAACGACAACGAUAUGCUAGUGAGCCUAGUCCGCUAGAUAUACCAGAAAAUAUACUAAGAGCUGGUCCUAGUCUUGCAAAACAUCAUAUACUUAGUUCUUUGGAAUUAAAUCGUACUCAAUGUCGAGAAAUUUUUACAUUGGCACAUUAUUAUCGUAAUUGUCAAUUACAUCAUCGUCCAAUAGAACCAAUAUUAGCUGGUAAAAUUUUAGCUCACAUGUUUUUUGAACCAUCAACACGUACACAAUGUUCAUUUACUGCUGCAAUGUUACGUCUUGGUGGUAGUGUUGUUCCAUUUGAUAGUCAAGUAUCAUCAAUUAAAAAAGGCGAAUCACUUGAAGAUUCAGUUCGAAUGUUAAUGAGCUAUGCUGAUGUGAUUGUUAUUCGUCAUCCUGAAGUAGGUGUUGUACAACGUGCAGCUAAUAUUUCACGUGUACCCGUUAUUAAUGCUGGUGACGGUAUUGGUGAACAUCCAACACAAGCACUUCUUGAUGUUUUUACAAUACGAGAAGAAAUUGGAACAUUUAAUGGUUUAACUAUUACAAUGGUUGGUGAUUUAAAACAUGGUAGAACUGUUCAUUCACUUGCAAAAUUAUUAACUAUAUAUAGUGAUAAAUCAAUAUCACUUCGUUAUGUUUCUCCGCCUUGGUUAGCUAUGCCUCAAGAUGUCAUUGAUUGUGUUGCAGCUCAUACUACUAAGCACGGCGAAAUGUAUCAACUCUUCAUAGAAAUAAGACUUUUUAUAGGUUUCAAUGACAAAUCAUAUACAAAUCUUGAAGAAAUAUUACCAGACACUGACGUUCUUUAUAUGACUCGAAUACAAAAGGAACGAUUCACGUCCGAAGAAGAAUAUACAAAGGCUUGUGAUCUUUAUAAAAUCACACCGAAGUUUAUGCGUAGAGCUAAAAAACAUGGUAAAAUGAUUGUCAUGCAUCCAUUACCUCGUCUUGAUGAAAUAAGUACUGCAUUUGAUAGUGAUCCUCGAGCUGCUUAUUUCCGUCAAGCGGAAAAUGGUCUUUAUAUUCGUAUGGCUCUAUUAACAAUCAUACUUUCCAAAUAA